UUUUUUUGCUUUAGGCCUGUGGUUCCUCCUCUGCCACUGGUCAAAAGGAUACAGAGAAAAAAGAGACUAUUUGUUCCAACCUCUGUCGGUUCUGAAGAAGAGCCCUACCAGACUGGAAACGUUAAUUCCGUUUCUCCCUCCACACAAAGACCACAGUGACAGUCCCCUCCGGUCCGUCACUAAUCCCCUCCCCACGGACCGGAAGUGGCGUGUGGUUUCCGCUGGAGACGGUGUGUCCGCCCCUGUUUCCUCCCCCCGCCGCGCGGCUGCUGUCUCUGUCUCUACAUUCUCGAUCUGGUCUCCAUGGCGGCCAAGCGAAAGCAGGAGGAGAAGCACCUGAAGCUGCUGCGGGACAUGACAACGCUGCAGCAUAACAGGAAAUGUUUCGACUGCGACCAGAGAGGCCCGACCUAUGUCAACAUGACCAUCGGCUCCUUCGUCUGCACCUCCUGCAGCGGCAUCCUACGAGGGUUGAAUCCUCCACAUAGAGUCAAGUCAAUCUCCAUGACCACAUUCACACAACAAGAAAUCGAGUUUCUUCAAAAACAUGGUAAUGAGGUCUGUAAACAGAUUUGGCUGGGAUUGUACGAUGAAAGAUCAUCUAUUUAUCCAGAUUUCAGAGAUCCUCAGAAAGUCAAAGAUUUCCUGCAGGAAAAGUACGAGAAGAAGAGAUGGUUUGUGCCAGCUGAACGGGCCUGGGCAGUGGCAGCAGCUCAUGCUUCUAUUUCCGGGUCGUCUGCUAGCAGUGCAAGUAGCACGCCUGAAGUAAAACCAGGAAAGUCGCUUCUUUAUGAAACCACACAUUUGAACAAAGGAACACCAACCCAAUCCCCAGCAGUGAGUCGCUCUCAAGGAUCUCAACAAGAGAAGAAAGUGGCUCCGUUUGAUCUUCUUACUGAUCUGGGAGGGGAUAUUUUUGCAGCUCCUCAGUCUGCACCCCCUUACUUUACAAAUUUCACACAUUUUAACAGUCACACAGCACCAACUCCUAUGAAUGUAGAUUUUGCAAACUUUGCGUUUGGAAGUUGUAAUACUUCUGAUAAUUUUGGAGGUUUCUCCUCAGCAAGUCUGCCACCUUUCCAGUCCAACAGUACAGUCUUCAGAGCUCUAUCAUCAGGCAGCAGUUUUGGUGACUUUGCCUCUGCUUUUCCUCUCCCAGCCAGCCACAGUGGAUCCGCUGCGUCAACAAAUGCUAAUUUUGCAAAUUUUGAUAACUUCCCAAAAUCUUCUAGUGCUGACUUUGGAGCUUUCUGUUCCUCUGGGAAUGACACAGCUAUAAACAAAGCACAUGCUGUUACUCAGGAUAAAUAUGCAGCUCUUGCUGAUCUGGAUAAUGUUUUCAGCAAUAGUACCUCAACACAAGGUGGAAGUAGUCAACUGACUAGUUUCAGCUCAACAACUGUUGGAUCAUCUGUGAUGUCUGCCAAUCAGUCAAACUCCUCAGCAAACAAGUAUGCAGCACUAGCAGAGUUAGAUAAUGUCUUUAGCUCUCCGUCAACCACUAGUAAUGUAUCUAGCACAAGCAGUGUGUUUGGGACAGUACAAAGUGCUACAGCAGUACAGACUCAUCCUGGAGCCAGUGCUAUACCUGCAGCAUUUGGUGCAGCAACUAAUCCAUUUGUAGCAGCUCCUGUUUUGCCAGCACCUGCUACAAACCCAUUCCAGACUAAUGGGAGAACUGCAGUAAGCUUUGGAACAGCGUCAAUGAGCAUGCCAACAUUGUUUGCCAGUCCAGCAGGAUAUACCCUUCCCACCAGCUUUAGUGGUGGCUUCCAGCAGCCUGUCUUAUCUGGCCCUGUGACCUUUCCACAGCAUUCAGCAUUUCCACAGCAACCAGUUGGUGGAGGGUUUGGUUCAUUCGGGCAACCGAAACCGAUGGUCAUGCCAUAUGGUCAACCAAUGGCAGCGUCGACAGUGUCGAGUAAUCCCUUUCUGGCCGGAGCUCCAAUGGGGCAGUUUCCAACAGGAAGCUCCUCAACCAACCCAUUCUUAUAGCCCAUUCAGUUACUGUCAGGAGUGUGAUGUUGAUGCGUGACGUCUCCAGAUCUCUCGCACAGUUGUGUUGUUCACUGAUCUUAGCUUUAAUCAGAAGAGUCUCUAAAGCCUGUAUUUUAUAUAAUGGGGUGAUAUUUGAAGAAAGGAAGGACUUUCCAUCCGUCCUUUAUUUAACCAUUAUUUGGUAAGAAGGUUCAAGAUGUAGCCAUAUCAUGUAUAUUGAAAUGGGUUAAUGUUUAAGUUAUUGCACUUCUUUCAUUGCUCUGCAGUACUGUACAUAUUUUUUUCUUAGAAAUUAGCUAGUUGUGCAGAUCAGUAUUUGUAAUUUAACACAUUUAUGUUAAUGUGAAAUGUUACUGAGCAGAAAGAAUCGUAAUAAAGUUGCUGUAUCUAUAAGGAUGAAAUUGCUGUAACAUUGACCUUUUAAGUUCUAGUUUUAGAUAAACUCGGUUAUUCAUUUGGUGACUGAAAAGGAGAUUUUCUUUCUCAGAGGAAAAUUCUCUUAUUUAUAUUCUGAGUAUGUAGAAAACUGCAUCUCUGCCUAAUAAAGAAAAUCAUGUUUUGCUACAAAGUUUGCAAUUGACAAAAUAAAUACAAUAUUAGUAAAAAUCUCCAA